CCCGGCCCCGGCCCGGCGCGGAGCCCCCAGCCCGCCGCAGCCAUGGCGGCCCCGGCCGCGCUGCGACCGCUGCUGCCCCUCGUCCCCGUGGCCGCCGCGCUGGCGCUGGCCGCGGGCGGGGGCACCGCGGGGACAGAGCCGCGCUCCGGCAGCGACAUCGUCCAUCCCGUCAAGGUGGACGAGAGCGGAUCCUUCCUGUCCUACGACCUGUCCCACCGGGCCCUUCACCGGAGGUCUCCCGCCUCCAGGAGCAAGCUGCCCGCCUUCUACGAGCUGCACUACAGGGGGCAGCCCCUGAAAUUCAACCUGAGCCUGAACAGGCACCUGCUGGCUCCGGGCUUUGUCAGCGAGAGGCGCUUCGGGGGCAUCGCCGGCGCCAAGAUCCAGCCUCGCUCCUACAACUCCUGCCAUAUGAUCGGGGAGGUGCGGGGCCGGGCGCUGCAGGGCGGGCUGGCUGCCCUCAGCACCUGCGAUGGCCUGAAAGGCGUGUUCCAGCUCAUGAACGAGGACUAUUUCAUCGAGCCCGUGUCCAGCAGCCCUCGGGAGGAGGGAGCAGCACAGCCCCACAGGAUCUACAAGCGCCAGGUGCCCAAGGACAGGGCUGAGCAGGGCAGGGGGGCCCCGGCCCCGCGGGAAUCCUGCGGAGUGCCAGAGUCCCAGGGAAGCCUGGAGCGGUGGGAGCGGCGCAGGGACAGGUGGGAGCAGAGGCAGCCCAGGAGGAGAAGGCUGCGGCAGCGCUCGGUCAGCAGGGAGAAGUGGGUGGAGACGCUGGUGGUGGCAGACACCAAGAUGGUGGAGUUCCAUGGCAGUGACAACGUGGAGAAGUACGUGCUGACCGUCAUGAACAUGGUGGCCGGGCUGUUCCACCACGCCAGCAUCGGGAACCCCAUCAACAUCGCCAUAGUGCGGCUGAUCCUGCUGGAGCACGAGGAGGAGGACCUGAAGAUCUCCCACCACGCAGACAACACCUUGAAAAGCUUCUGCAAGUGGCAGAAGAGCAUCAACGUGAAGGGAGACUCCCACCCCCUGCACCACGACGUCGCCGUGCUGCUCACCAGGAAGGACAUCUGUGCUGCCAUGAACAGGCCCUGUGAGACCCUGGGGCUGUCCCACGUGGCCGGGAUGUGCCAACCCCACCGGAGCUGCAACAUCAACGAGGACACGGGGCUGCCCCUGGCCUUCACCGUGGCGCACGAGCUCGGACACAGUUUUGGGAUUCAGCAUGAUGGAAGCAGCAAUGACUGUGAGCCAGUUGGGAAAAGACCUUUCAUCAUGUCUCCACAGCUCCUGUAUGACACGUCCCCUCUCACCUGGUCCCGCUGCAGCCGCGAGUACAUCACACGCUUCCUCGACCGGGGCUGGGGGCUGUGCCUGGAUGACCCCCCGGCCCGGGAGGUGCUGGACUUUCCCCUGGUGCCCCCGGGUGUCCUGUACGACGUGAGCCACCAGUGCCGGCUGCAGUACGGCCCCUACUCCACCUUCUGCGACGACAUGGACAGUGUCUGCAGCACGCUGUGGUGCACGGUGGGGAACACGUGUCACUCCAAGCUGGACGCAGCUGUGGACGGCACGGCGUGUGGGGACAGCAAGUGGUGCUUCAAUGGCGAGUGCGUUCCCGUGGGAUUCCGGCCGGAGCCCAUCGACGGCGCCUGGAGCCCCUGGAGCGCCUGGGCCCCCUGCUCCCGCAGCUGCGGCGCCGGCGUGCAGAGCGCCGAGAGGCACUGCAGCCACCCCACGCCCAAGUACGGGGGCCGGUACUGCCUGGGGGAGCGCAAGCGGUUCCGGAUCUGCAACGUGCGGCGCUGCCCCGCGGGCAGGCCGUCCUUCCGCCAGCUGCAGUGCAGCCACUUCAACCCCAUGCCCUACAAAGGGAAGCUCUACAAGUGGACACCGGUGCCCAACAGCAUGAACCCCUGCGAGCUGCACUGCCGGCCCGAGCACGAGUACUUUGCGGAGAAGCUGCGGGACGCCGUGGUGGACGGGACGCCCUGCUAUGACAGCGACGGCAGCCGCGAUGUCUGCAUCAACGGCAUCUGCAAGAACGUGGGCUGUGACUACGAGAUCGACUCGCAGGCGGUGGAGGAUCGCUGUGGGGUGUGCCACGGGGACGGCUCCACCUGCCACACCGUGCACAAGACCUUCGAGGACAGCGAGGGGCUGGGUUACGUUGACAUUGGGAUUAUUCCCGUGGGAGCCCGGGAGAUCCGGAUUGAGGAAGUGGCAGAAGCCGGGAAUUUCCUGGCGCUGCGGAGCGAGGACCCGGAGAAAUAUUUCCUGAACGGUGGCUGGACCAUCCAGUGGAACGGGGACUACAGGGUGGCAGGGACCACCUUCACCUACAAGAGGACAGGGAACUGGGAGAACCUCACCUCUCCGGGGCCGACCGUGGAGCCCGUGUGGAUCCAGCUGCUGUUCCAGGAGACCAACCCCGGCGUGCGGUACCAGUACACGAUCCAGCGCCCGGCCGACAGCGAGAACGAGGUGGAGCAGCCCGAGUUCCUGUGGCGCUUUGGCUCCUGGACCACCUGCACGGCCACCUGCGGGACAGGGAUGCAGCGGCAGGUGGUGCACUGCGUGGAGAGGCUGGCGGGCCUGGUGGAGGAGCGGUUCUGCGACGCGCUCACGCGCCCCGAUGACCAGCAGCGCCCCUGCAGCGAGGAGCCCUGCCCCGCCAGGUGGUGGGUGGGCGAGUGGCAGCCCUGCUCGUCCCCGUGCGGCACGGCGGGGCUGAUGAAGAGGACGGUGCUGUGCAUCCAGAGCGUGGGGCUGGACGAGCAGCGGGCCCUGCAGCCGGCAGAGUGCCAGCACCUGCCCAGGCCCGCUGCCACCGCGCCCUGCCACCCACAGGUGCCCUGCCCCUCCCCGUGGGCCGUGGGCAACUGGUCUGAGUGCUCCGUGACCUGUGGCAACGGGACCCAGAGGCGCCCUGUCCUCUGCAGCAACAGCAGCGGGGCCGCCUGCGACCCUGCCCAGAGGCCCAGCCCCGACAGGCCCUGCUCCCUGCCCCGGUGCCACCAGGACUGGGACACCAACGCCGACUGGUCCGGCAGCGGCUCCUCCAGCAGGGAGAUCCUGAAUGAAAUCCACUACAUCCCGAACCACAUCCCAAAAUUUAACCCCAUGGUCCCAAACAUCCCAGAGUCCAACGACGUCAACGUCAUCACCGAGGAGGAUUUCUCAGCCAGGAAAGGAAAUGUCUUUGUUGAUGAUUUUUACUACGAUUAUAACUUUAUCAACUUCCACGAGGAUCUGUCUUACUACCCCUUCACGGAGAAGGAGCCCAAAGGCGAGGAGCCAACGCCAGAGCCGGGCACUGAGGGCACGGAGGGGCCCUGGGAGGUGCCCACCGAGGCCCUGCUCACCACCAAGGCAGGAGAAAGCCGGGAGCACCCAGGCACCGAGGAGGAAAACACUUCUGCCCCUGUGCACGAGCAGGACACAGAGCCCGGGGAUUCAGCCACCAAUGACCUCCUGGGCGUGGUCCCCGAGGAUGUGGGACCUGCCACUGGCAGACACAGCACCCCAGGCUUUUCGGGUGAGGAGCAGGAGGACACAGCGCUGGUGCCCCCCUCUGAGCACCGCCCGCCCGCCCAGGGCUCUGUGAGCCAUGACUCUGCAAGCCACGGCCACCCACCCCGGGGUGAGCCCCCCGCAGCUGUGCCCACCUGGAGCAGCCUCGCGCAGGGUGGCCCCGCGCCCUGGGGUGCCCACGGAGCCGCGGCAGUGCCCACGGGCUGGGGCAGUGCCAGUGGGGGUGCACAGGGCCGUGUGAGCACAGAGGGGCACGGCACAGCCAGGUCUGCAGGGACAGGCCACCAGGACCCCAGGGAAGUGGCUGUGGCCACCAGCAGUGACAUUGAUGGUGCAGCCCCACAGCCCACGGAGCAGCACGGGCGGGCAGGGGUGGCAGGGGGGGUGUUGGGCACACAGGCAGGGGGGCAGUCCCAAGGGAUGGAGAGGACAGGGCUUGCCAUGCCCACCCUGUGGGUCCCCAGCCAGGAGGUGGCAGGGAGUGCUGGCAGCCCCCACCCUGCCAGGAGUCCCCCUCCUGCGGGUGCUGAUGGGGCUCCCGUGGGACAGGGAGGGCACCAGCCAGGGCUCCACACCCCCACGGCACCCACCUCAACCCUCUGGGUGGCCACAACAGCCCCUCCAGUGUCCUUGUCCCCUGCCGUACCCGGGCCAGCCUCCCAGCUCACCUCCGGCGGCCUCAGCCAGCAGGAUGCCCUGGUGCCAGCCAUGCCCACUGCCCCAGCCCAUGGCCCACCUGCCCACACAGCAGGGUCCCCCCUGGAAUGGGGGACAGAGGGGCUGUCCCAGCACCCAGGUCCAGCAUCACCCCACACCCAGCUGACCUCCCAUGGGACCCCACUCAGCGUCACUGCACCGAGGGAGCCCUCACCAGGGGCACCCCCAGAGACACCCCCAGGGACACCCCUGAGGGACCCCUCACCAUGGGCACCCCCAGGGACACCCCCAGGGACACCCCCAGAGACACCCCUGAGGGACCCCUCACCAUGGACAGCCCCAAGGACACCCCCAGAGACACCCCUGAGGGACCCCUCACCAUGGGCACCCCCAGGGACACCUGUCUCCAGUGCCAGGGGACACGAGUUGUCCCAGCCCACCCCUUUGCCCUCCUUGGUCUGGGAGAGGAGGCUGGAGGAGGAGGAGGAGGAGGAGGAAGAGGAAGAAGAGGAGGCUCUGGUUCCACCAUCGACCAGUGCAGCAGCCACUGCCGAGCCCAGCUGGGAGGUCGGGAACUGGAGUGAGUGCUCGGCCACGUGCGGCGUGGGCGCGGUGUGGAGGCCGGUGCACUGCAGCGGCGGCAGCGACGGUGCCUGUGCCGCGGCCGACAGGCCGGUCCCUGCCCGGAGGUGCUCCCUCAGACCCUGCUCGGCCUGGCGUGUGGGCAGCUGGAGCAAGUGCUCGCGGAGCUGCGGCGGGGGCACCAAGAUGCGGGAUGUGCACUGCAUCGAUACCCGGGAGCAGCGGCUGCUGCGGCCCUUCCACUGCCGGGCGGCGCGGGCGCAGCCGCCGGCGCAGCUGCCGUGCCACGGCGCGCCGUGCCUGCGCUGGUACACGUCCUCCUGGAGAGAGUGCUCGGAGCCGUGCGGCGGCGGGGAGCAGGCGCGGCUGGUGACGUGCCCGGAGCCGGGGCGCUGCGAGGAGGCAGCGCGGCCCAACAGCACCCGGCCCUGCAACAGCCAGCCCUGCACCACCUGGCUGGUGGGCUCCUGGGGCCAGUGCUCGGCGCCCUGCGGAGGCGGCAUCCAGCGGCGCCAGGUGAAGUGCAUCGACACCAGGACGGGCGCGGCCCAGGAGGACGGGAGCCUGUGCCAGCACCAGCCCUGGCCCGACAGCACCCAGAAGUGCAACCCGCAGGACUGCGAGGACAGCAGCGAGCAGGGUGUCCCCUGCGAGCGCGACCGCCUGACCUUCGCCUUCUGCCGGACGCUGCGGCUGCUGGGCAGGUGCGCCCUGCCCACGGUGCGCGCCCAGUGCUGCCGGAGCUGCGGCCAGCACGGGCUGCCCGGCCCGCCCCGCGGCCACCAGCGCCUCUCCCGGAGGUGACACGGCUGUCCCCAGGCGCCGGGACCCGUGUGGCGGCCGGGACUGUGGCUGUGGCACAGCCCGGGGGUGCCCGUGGGCUCCGACUCGUGCCAAUCUCUAACGGUGCUGAAACCAUCCCGCGGCUCCCACCGACCUUCCAGGACCUGCCGGGGCCGCCCUGCCCUGGGAGAGCCGCGGGGAGGCAGAGGGGGAAGGGGAACUGAAAGCAGCAAUAAUUCGGGGAAGAGCUCUCAGAAACGCUUAUGGUGCUAUCCUUUGACAUGUGCAGCCUCUCACAGGUGUUGGCUGGCCAGCACAAACCUCGACUUUUAUUAUUAUUUUUAUAUCUCUGAGGUGAGCAUCCAGCAUUCCACCAGCCCUGCCGACCCUAUAGGGUAGAGGUUUUUGUUUUUCUUUUAAGGGACUUGAAGCUGGCACCCCAUUCCUGUAAUUUUCAUUAAAAUGUUUACGCACUGAAGCUAAAUAGAUUUAAUUUAAGAAGUGGAGACAGGAGGAAUAAAGUUUCAGCUUCAGCUGGGGCUGUGCAGGGCUCCAGACCCCAUCUCCCCAUUGCUGUGUCCCUCUGGGGCAGAGGGCACCUCCAGGGACGCCGAGGUUUGGAGCCCCAGCUCGUUCCCUUGCGUGCUUUGGGCAGGAGAGGGGAGCUGCCCUGGCAGAGGGGGCACCUCCCCUCCCUGUGGGCAGCCGGGUGCUCAGUCCCUGGAGCUCUGCAUGUGUAGCAGUGUAAUGCUUGGUUAAGGUGUUUUUCUGCGGCCUGACAGGCUGAACCUUUUUUUCCCUGCUUAUCUAGAUUCUCCUCUGUUAAGGUUAGCUGAUUUUUAACUAGAAUAUCCAAUUUACUCCGAGGCACAGCCCCUCCUGCCUGCUCCCGGAGCGGUGAGGGAAUGAACCCCUGUCCCAGGGAGGGUUUGCUGCCAGGUUGGUCUCUGGAGGAGGACAGGAGCAUUUAGGUAGGAAUUCCUUUCCCUAUUACUCUGCAGGCUGUGGAGGAUGCCCAAAACCUGGGGGACCUUGACCUCCCUGCACUGGGCAGAGUGAGCUGGAGCCCAUCCCGGGCUGCAGAGCUCCAGGUGCAUCCAGGGAGCAGCGCUCGGUCCAAGAGGGGAAAUUCCUGUGUGUGAUUUGUAUGUAAAACACAAGCCAUGACUUCACCGUUUGUGCUUUAUUCCAUUCCGAGGUGCUGUAAAGUUUUUAUGUCCAAGAACCUGUGUCCAGUCCUGGUUUCCUUGCCCCCAGCACCAUCUGUCCCACCCCCUGUCACCCUCCCAGGACUGCAGAGGGACAACCCUCGUGUUGGGGUCUCAUGGCCACAGCUCAUGAGUGUGUUAAAUUAAACAGUUACCAAAGGAAA